GAUCCAUCCCACCAAUUCAAAUCACUGGCGGAUCAUAAAAGUUGCAGCGUGCCGCAGGAUAGUCCCUUGAAACUGGAUUUUUGAGAAACAUUAGGCACCAUGGGUAUGGGUGAAAAUUAUUUUUUGUCUGUGUUCCUACCCAGUAUGGGCAUCGUUGGCCUCGGAAUAUGAAUUGAAUUCCAAGUCUAUUCUUGGAUCUCGAACCCAUGAUCAUGUGAAUGUGAUAAGUAACAGGUAUUCAAAGGUCAACUUGGAUUAUUAUGGUGGUGACAAACUUUCCCACCUGCAAUAUUUAACCAAGCUUUUCAUAAAAUGGAAGUAUACCCAAAUAGUUUAUUUUUCAUAUAUUAUGAUUGUGUGGAAAGUAAGACUUAAGGGUAUUCAGUAUCAGAUCUUGAUUGUUGAUGAAGACUGAAGUUCAAAGGAUAUAUACACUGAGGACAUGUCUGUUGCUCAUAGGGAGAUGAUUGAUAAUUAUCCAAAUUAAAGGCUAUGAUUGUUCAACAACAACAAAGUCAGUUAGUUUUCCAUGAGAUUAUCCUCCAAAGCACACUUCCUGAAGCCUCAGAAAUUCUAACAAAAGCUCCUAGUGACAUAAGCUGGUAUUGGCCAUAGAAGAACGACUAGGGACUUUUUUUUCAUAAAUUGAUUCAACCGGGUGUCCUAGAUCUGGUGACCCUUCAUCUCCUAGAGCUCACUCGUGUUUGUGGUCUAGGUUUGGCAUCAAGGCUAUAUGUGUUCAUACAAUGUCCCUUUUAUCAUAUCAGAAUGUGCUCUCCUCUUCUCAAAUUGUGCUUUACUUGGAUUUGCAUGGUUGGUAACAAACUACUAUGUUAUUUCAAGGAGGCUUCUGCAUGAUGAGCUUAGAAACUACUUGGAUUGGAGUCUUGUGUGGGGCAGAACCGCCUGCAUUAUCUUCAUAUUUUAGCAGAGGUAGAAAGCAAUGUGGGCAUUGCAUCUAGCUUAAAUUUCCAGCCCUUUCCCUGCCCCGGACUAAUGCAUAGUACUUGGCAUCAACGAUGAAAAAAAUUGGCUUCUUUCUGGAAAUUCCCACUAAAGGAAAUACUCUGCAAGCACUCUUAUUUGCAUCAGUGGGAUUGACAGGAUGCUUGAAAUCAACAGCAGGUCCCUCAAAAGAUCACAGCAUGAAUCCAAUCACCCCGAUGAAACAAGAUUGACAAGCAACAUACACAAAUCGCAAUCAAAUUUCUGUUAUCAAUAAAAGCAACUGACAACAACGAAUACCCCUGUUAUGAUCCAGGGGACAACCUUUUCCUUUGAUAUGCCAACAUUAUGAGGCAAAAAACAAGCCCUUCAUUGGUUAGAAGACACUGAAAUGUGAAAAUCACCCUUUUUAAUUAAAAAAACAAACAAUUUAUUUAUUUUUGUAGUCUAAGCUGACUGGGAACUCAAGGUGAAAGGAUGGGGGGAAGCAUGGUUUUGAAAUUCAGGGACCAGCUUCGGUUAAAUUCAUUUGGGUUAUUCUCUCAAUUACAAUAAAAUGCAACUGGAUCUAGUAUGAGUUGGCGACCUGGUGAUGACUGAAGCCUAUCAAAAUCAAGGUCAACCAGAUUAAAGCUAUAUGCUUUUGGAUGCACAUAUCCACAUCACAUGGUGGGGUAUACAGCAUUAAUCUCAUCUGUAAUGCAGUCCAAGGGGGGAAGAAGACUGCAACCACCAAGAGAAGACUUCAUCUGCUUCAAUCCUCUCCAUCUAUGUUAGGAAACUUGUAAUUGAUCACAGAGGUGAAAGGCUUGGAGCUAAGCAACAUCAGUCUUAUGAUGAAGCAGGUGCAGGAGUUCUUUCAAGUUGUCACAGGAGCUCUAAUGAUCCCUUACAAAAGCAUCAACUUCGUAAUCUCCAGUCUUGUCACUUCUCUCCCUCUGUUUUUCUUCUUGAUUUUCUAUGAAAUGAUCUUCCAGAGAACACUUGUUGAAGCCUUUGAAAUUCUAAAUCCUCCUCCUGGUCACUCUAACCGGUGGGAUUGGCUUGACCCAGCAAUGAGAAUGACUUGGGAUUUUUUUCUUAAAUUGGUUCUGUUGGGUCUCCUCUAUUUGGUGCCCCUCCAUCUCCUCGAGUUCUUUAACAUGAUUGUGACUGUCAGCUUAGCAUCAAAGCUACAUGAAGGAGAGAAGCCAAUGGCUCUGAAAGAGGAAGCAUAUGAAAUUUUCCAUAAGGCAAGACUGAAGGACCCUUUUAUCACAUAUGUUUAUGUUCUCCUCCUCUCAAUCUGUGGUUUACUUGGAUUACUGUGGUUGGUAAUUAACUACUAUAUCAUUUCAGUGCGGUUUUGGUAUGAGGAUUUACUUGAAAAAGAAGGAUUCUUGUAUCAUGUGUUCUUUAGUGUAUUUUUUGGGGCAGCUUUUAUAGCAGUGUUAAUAAAGUACUUGGAUUGGAGUGUUGUAUGGAAUACGAGUAUAGUGUUUUCAAUUUUGGAGAAGAGUUAUGGGGCUGAAGCAUUGAUGAUAUCUUCAUACUUUAGUAGAGGUAGCAAGGAGUCUGGACGGCUGUUGAUGCUUGUUUUCUUCGUAUGGGGGGUCAGUCUAAGGCUGACAUGCCUCUAUGCUGGAUGCAGUGAAAGGGGGAGUGGAAUCAUAGCCCAAGUUCUGUUGUUUUGUAUUGGGAAUGUGUUGAAAUGGGUGGUCUGUACGGUUUAUUUCCAGAAUUGCAAGAAAAGGACUUUAGAGAAGAUUGAUGGGGAAGUGGGACUGGAAGAUAAAAAUGUGAAUGAAUAAGAAUUGUUCACGAGAACCAGAACUUCAGAAGAGUACAUGGGAAAGUAUGCUGGAUUUUACCUGAGAAGCACAAGUUAGAAGUAAGGUCAAUAAGGAAGCAAGUUGAGAUGCAAAAGUUCUCUAUGUUGUUUUCACUUGGAACUUUGAAGCAUAAUUGGACUCUCCAACGAGUUAAUAGGCUCAUCCAGCCCUCUUCCUCUUCCACAUAGACUUUUCCAGAAUUCAGCUUCAUGUAAGCUUUCUUAUAUCCGUGAACUCUCUUCCAAUUCCAUGUAAUAUCUCCUUGAACUUGAACUCUAUACAAGCUUUUAUUGAUGUUUCUUUUUUU